AUGUGGAAUAUAAAACGUGGGUUAUUGAUUUCAUGUGCUACCUUUUGGGUAUUACUAACUUAUUGCAGUGAUUUUUGGGUAAGUUAUAAAAAUAUUUAAAGACACAUCAGCCACUGGAAAAAACAGAUUUCCCGCAUUUAUUUUCAAAUGACAAAAACAGCAUGUGCGCUCUAUUGCUUCGUUGUGUGCAAACUCUUUCGAAAAUCCCGUCGGCUGAGCGAUUUCAAAAACAAUUAUUUUGUUUUUUUCACUUUUGCCAGACUCAAAAUUUUUUCUUGAUUUUUAUGAAUUCCGAUUACUUGAAAGGUGUUAUGAAAGAAUAACAAACUCAUUUUCUGUUCAUUUCUAGUGGAUUGUGUGUCUUUAAAUUUCAUUCAAAAUUUUCUCAAAGGUAAAACAAGGUGAAGGAUAUGUGAUAGGAAAUCGACGACGAAUAAUUGCAACUCUACGAAUCGAAUGUAUUUUAACUAGUUUGAAUGUUUUUGCAUACGGCCAAUUGAUGCAAUGGUUUGGAGAAGAUAAGGAUAAACAUAGACGAUUACAGGUAAAUAAUAUUAAAGAAUUGUAUUUAUCUGGAAUAUGUGCAAAGUUCAAAAUCAAAAGAGUAAGGCAACAUUUGAGGGCAUAG